AUGCCUGGUGCAGCGUCCAUCGUCGCCGUCCUGGCGGCCUUGUUGCCGACCGCUCUUGGUCAAGCAAACCAAAGCUACGUCGACUACAAUAUCGAAGCGAACCCAGACCUCUUCUCUGAAUGUCUGGAGACCGGUGGUACCUCAUUCCCAGACUGCGAAAGCGGUCCCUUGAGCAAGACUCUGGUCUGCGAUACUUCGGCAAAACCCCAUGAUCGAGCUGCUGCCCUCGUCUCCCUCCUGACCUUCGAGGAGCUGGUGAACAACACCGCCAACACCGGCCAUGGUGCCCCUAGAAUCGGCCUGCCCGCGUAUCAGGUGUGGAAUGAAGCUCUCCACGGUGUCGCCCAUGCCGAUUUCAGCGAUGCCGGUGGCUUCAGCUGGUCCACGUCCUUCCCGCAGCCGAUCUCGACAAUGGCUGCCCUCAACCGCACCCUAAUUCACCAGAUCGCCACCAUCAUCUCCACGCAAGGCCGUGCCUUCAUGAACGCCGGCCGCUACGGACUCGACGUCUACUCUCCCAACAUCAAUACCUUCCGCCACCCAGUUUGGGGCCGCGGCCAGGAAACCCCAGGCGAAGACGCCUACUGCCUCGCCUCCACCUACGCAUACGAAUACAUCACCGGCAUCCAGGGCGGCGUCGACGCCAACCCUCUCAAACUCAUCGCAACAGCGAAGCACUACGCCGGCUACGAUAUCGAGAACUGGGACAACCACUCCCGGCUCGGUAACGACAUGCAAAUCACCCAACAAGACCUGGCCGAAUACUACACCCCCCAAUUCCUCGUCGCCUCGCGAGACGCCAAAGUCCACAGCGUGAUGUGCUCCUACAACGCCGUCAACGGCGUCCCCAGCUGCUCCAACUCCUUCUUCCUGCAAACCCUCCUCCGCGACACCUUCGACUUCGUCGAAGACGGCUACGUCUCCGGCGACUGCGGCGCAGUCUACAACGUCUUCAACCCGCACGGCUACGCCACCAACGAAUCAUCCGCCGCCGCAGACUCCAUCCGCGCAGGAACCGACAUCGACUGCGGCGUCUCCUACCCACGCCACUUCCAAGAAUCCUUCCACGACCAGGAAGUCUCCCGACAAGACCUCGAACGCGGCGUCACCCGUCUCUACGCCAGCCUCAUCCGCGCAGGCUACUUCGACGGCAAAACCAGUCCAUACCGCAACAUAACCUGGUCCGACGUGGUGUCCACCAACGCCCAAAACCUCUCCUACGAAGCCGCCGCCCAAAGCAUCGUCCUGCUCAAAAACGACGGCAUCCUCCCCCUUACCUCCACCAGUUCCUCCACAAAAACCAUCGCCCUAAUCGGCCCCUGGGCAAACGCAACCACCCAAAUGCUAGGCAAUUACUACGGCCCAGCCCCCUACCUAAUCAGCCCGCUGCAAGCCUUCCAAGACUCAGAAUACAAAAUCACCUACACCAUCGGCACAAACACAACCACCGACCCGGACUCCACCUCCCAAUCCACCGCCCUCACCACCGCCAAAGAAGCAGACCUAAUCAUCUUCGCCGGCGGCAUCGACAACACCCUCGAAACCGAAGCCCAAGACCGCAGCAACAUAACCUGGCCCUCCAACCAACUCUCCCUAAUAACCAAGCUCGCGGACCUAGGCAAACCCCUCAUCGUCCUCCAAAUGGGCGGCGGGCAGGUCGACUCCUCCGCCCUGAAGAACAACAAGAACGUCAACGCCUUGAUUUGGGGCGGAUACCCGGGUCAGUCGGGUGGACAGGCCCUGGCCGAUAUCAUCACGGGGAAACGGGCCCCCGCGGCUCGGCUAGUUACGACGCAGUAUCCGGCUGAGUACGCCGAGGUGUUCCCGGCUAUUGAUAUGAAUCUGAGACCGAAUGGGUCGAAUCCAGGACAAACUUAUAUGUGGUAUACCGGGACGCCGGUUUAUGAGUUUGGACAUGGGCUGUUUUAUACUAAUUUCACUGCUUCUGCUUCUGCGAGUAGUGGGACUAAGAAUCGGACGUCGUUUAAUAUCGAUGAGGUUCUGGGACGCCCGCAUCUUGGGUAUAAGCUGGUGGAGCAGAUGCCGUUGUUGAAUUUUACGGUCGACGUGAAGAAUACUGGAGACAGGGUGUCGGAUUAUACUGCCAUGGCGUUUGUGAAUACGACUGCUGGGCCGGCGCCGCAUCCUAAUAAGUGGCUGGUUGGGUUUGAUCGGUUGAGUGCUGUCGAGCCUGGGUCGGCGAAGACUAUGGUUAUUCCGGUGACGGUGGAUAGUCUGGCUCGGACUGAUGAGGAGGGGAAUCGGGUGUUGUAUCCUGGACGGUAUGAAGUGGCGUUGAAUAAUGAGAGGGAGGUGGUUUUGGGAUUUACGCUCACGGGGGAGAAGGCUGUGCUUUUCAAGUGGCCUAAGGAGGAGCAGUUGAUUGCGCCGCAAUAG